UGGCAUGUGUGGGAUGUGUAAGGUGAGGCGUGAGUACAAAGUGUCAAGUGUGGCGGGGGGAGUGGGAGUGACAGAAGAGAGUGAGCACAGUUGAGCAUGUACGAGGGUGACGUACUUGCUGAAGUGUGCUCACUCUCUUCAUGUCACGCCUCUCUCUUGUCGCAGGUGCUCUCUCUUUCCUGUCUGGUGAUGGAUUUUGUGAUGGGAGAGAGAGGGAGCGAGAGAGAGGAGUGUGGUGAGCAUAUGACGGAGUUGGUGCUAAUGAGUUGGUGUGGGAGGUUACAUGUGUUAUAAGAAUUGGCAGACAGAAACUUCUGACUAGUAUGAAGGUGAUGGGUAACGUGAACACAUCGCCGGAACCUUUGUGAUGGUUACACAAGAGCGUGUGCGUGAUCAACUGCAGAAAAAAGCUGCCGCAGAGAAUGAAUGGUCAGUGCACUGCUUGGUUUGCUGCAUGCUACCUUCUCGGAUGUGUUAUUUUGCUACGCAACUCAAGCCUACAUUACGUGUCGAGAUCAUUAUGGAAACGCGUUUCGAGGCUGUUGAACUUUCAAGUCUUCGAAUUCACCGAUUUUCUUGCAAGAGACAGACUUGUGCAAUGAUGGUAUCAUAUAAUGCGGCACAAGUGAGAACCAACUUACGGCUGCUAGAUAAUCUGGUUCUGAUGAGAACACAAUUCAAACCUACACAAAUGACCUGAUCGGCUUUCUUUUAUUGGAGGCGACGCGCACAGGAAAUUUACUUAAUUGCCAUGCAGAAUAGCAAUGCGCAUCAAACGUCAUCUCAAGCCAAUUCUUCGUCGAACUAGCGGAUCAUCUUUGUAGCCGUGUGCACAAAAAGGAGCCAGUUAGACUAACCAGAACAAGGGCAUCUAGAUUGAAAGGAAGUUAGCCAUAUCAGUACUCUGACUUCGGUAUUGAUCCAGGGAUCCCAAAGUCAACGCAAAGAAUCAGAUGAUCAAUCGUUUAGAUGUAAAGCUAAACGCCAAUGUUUUCAGAGCAAUUAUCUGGAGUCUGUUUGCCGGCAGCAAGGAAGACCUGCAGCUCAAAGGACUCACAGUCAGGUUAAUGUAGAUCCGAUCAUCUUGGGACGUGUGUUCAGCGGUGCUCGAAGUUUUCAACUCCCAUUUGCUGCAAGAAUUUCAGUGGUGGACUAACCUCUGAGUUUCUAAUCCGUUCGGCUGGAACCAGGUUCUGCUGAACAACAAAGAGGGCCCCACAACUUGGCAUUGGUGAUGGGGCAGGUUUGAGAGCAUUGUCCAGUUGGAGUUCUGUACGCUUACGGAAUAAAAUGGCAACCAAACCGUACACCCACUGAUCCUCUUUAGCAUCACAGAAAUACUUAAAACGAAAUUGUGGGAUUAAAAUAGUAUGUGGUCAAGUGACAUGUUUGCUCAUUGUAUCUGCCCCUUGCAUCCAUAAAAUAAGAGGCUGGUAACUAUUUAGUAAGAAGUAUAAGCACAGACGUGACUAUGUAGAAUCACGUGUUGUGCAUCACGAAAAAUUGCAUUCGGUUGGAAAAGUUGCCUGGGGGAAACGGGAUGAUCUUUCUGAAAAGUCAGCAGCAGCUUAAGUGUACUGAAAUUAACCAAUUAAAUCCACACAAGGAACAUAAGGAAUUAUAGGCGAUAAUCUUCCAUGAGUCGGUUUCUGUUGGGAGCGCUCGGAGAACGCGAGAGCCUCCACCAAGAGAAAAGAAGGGGAAGGAUUGCAGCGGUUCAAACUGAAGACCGAGGAUGGAGUUUGAAGUGUUUUCUUACAAUCAAGAUCGAGAUUUUCGACUCAUAAUGCUUCUCAUCAGAUGCCAGCGUUGUGCCUUAGUGUCUGAAUCUUCACUGUAGAUAAUUGGGGAGUCUGUUCUUAUACCUAUCGCACGAUAUUCCCACGCUCUUGGAAGACAUCAUAUCCUGUCUCGAGGUCUGCUACGUUAGGACUCUCAAAGAAGACUUGCUAGGAAAAUGUGGCCAUGCCUUGAAUCUAGGGCCACAAAAUGUAGGAAGAGAGUCCUGUUGGUGUCACGAAGUUUGUGUGGAAGCAGGGAGGAUUUUCAUUUCAUUCAAUGGAGAGGAAGGAUGCUGGAUUGUUUGGAGCAGAAGAUCGUUUUCAUGUUGGUUUUUUAGAGCCGGCAAGAUGAAGUUCUUCGAAAAGAUUGGCUCCCUUCUCCAGGAUCUGCAAUAUAAAACAAACAGAUACGAGUCAGUCACAUAGUGUGGUAGGGUCAAACAAUUCUACGUGGUUCUGUUGAAUUGCAACAAGGUGAAGUAAGGAUGGGGUCAGCUAUUAGCUAUUGCUCCCCUCAUCAUGCCUUGACAGCCGCCGUGUGUGGAGAUGACAUAAAACUUCCUGAGUACACGAACUUGCCGUGCCCUGUAAUGUACGAAGAGAUCACGCGCGAAGCGUACAUGUCCUUGAAGCCUGAACACUUCGAAGGCUUGCGCUUCGACAUUUCCAGGGCGGUGAAUAAUAAGUUUGCUAUGAGCAAUAGAGUGUUCAUGGGUUUGAUAGACCUUCCCGGUAAUAGCGGCUCUGUACAAAAACAAUCAACCGGUCACUUCGACGUUGGUGCUAAUCUUGUUGAUCAAAAGGGCAAGAUGGACGUAGUCUUGGUGAUGAGACGUAUUCUGUCGGAGGGACGUUUGUCAGCUAAAGUGAAGUAUGAUGUCAACAAUCGGUUUUCCAUUAAAGCCGAUGCCCAGCUUACAAAUGAGCCGCAUUUUACGCUCGGAAUGUUCAACUUCGACUACAAGGGAUAUGACUAUCAAGCUCGGCUGACGAUGGGAAAUAAUGCUUACUACGGUAUUAAUUACAUGCAGAGUGUAACGCCUAAAUUAUCACUUGGAGGGGAAGGGAUUUGGCUCGGUCAUCAACGGAAAUCAAGCAUGGGUCUUGCAGCUCGCUAUAAAGCUGAUACUGUGAUUUGCACAGGUCACGUGAAAUCGGAAGGUCAAAUAAACUUCACUUAUGUUCAAAGAUUGUCCGACAAGCUAUCAGUGGCUUCGGACUUUGUGUACAAUUGGAAUAGCAGGGAGGCAAAUACCAGUAUGGCUUUUGAUUAUCUCAUUCGGCAGUGUCGGUUGAGAGGCAGGGUAAACACCAAUUACUGCACAACAGCUUACUUGGAAGAGAAGUUAACAUCUGGCCUUACUUUUUUGCUUUCUGCGGAGGUUAGUCAACAUUCACUUAACACGUUCAGACGUACUUAUCUUUGGUUUGUAACGACAAGCUUACAUUCUCCUGAACUUGAAAUUAAGAAUACCAGAACCUGGUCGUGGAAUGCAUGGAUGAAGAGAUUUGUCAUUAGUUGGUGUAAUCUUAUUGUUUUUCAAAACGCUAUCGUGAAAUCUCUAUCAGAUAAAGUUUUGUCUUGGUCGACUAUGAACCAGCGUGCUGCAAUGUCUUCUGCCUCUCAAUGCACCAGUGACACUUGCAAAUGUUUAUUUAUCAGCUAAUCUGUAGCAUGCUUGUUGCAGCUUGACCAUAUUAGGAAAAACUACAAAUUUGGGUUUGGUAUGACGAUUGGAGAUUAGUCGAUUUCCGAUUGGAACUGCAUGGCCAACUCGACUUAGAAGAUGGUCUAUCCGUCUCAUUUUAUACUACAUAGAAAGCAGAGCAGGUUAUGUGUUUUUUAUGCCAUUGAUCCACUCUCUCAUUGAACAAUUGAACAGCAAUGACCAUCCAAGUAACUAAACGAAGCUUAAAAAUCGCUUUUGAAUAUGUUGGGCUGGACUGAAGCUACACAGAGGGGUUGUUGAGUUCCAGCUUCGACCUUUGAGGUGAUUGCAGCGAAUGAGCUCUUUCUAAUGCAAUAUACAGACAUUUUCCAAGUGAAUGAAUACUGCUCAACUUUCUAUAAAUUCUUGGUUUUGACAUUC